GAUACAGCCAGCAGCAUUAUUGCAUUCAUCUACCAAAUAUGAUCAUUUCUUUAAAACACCUCUAUUUAUAUGGGAAAAUAACUAGCACGUGAAAACUAGAUGUGUUAAGCCUCCAUAAUCCACAGAUUCGCAGUCGGAGAUGGCAACUGAUGCAGAUAUUCCAUUACCUGUAAAUGAAGCAAGAGGGGAACAAGUUGGACUUCCUAUAGUUGAGGGUGAGCAUUUUUUUAAAUCACCCUUCACUGACGAGGUUGCAAAUAACAUAGCACCCAAUGUCAGUGAGCUCGUUGAAAAGGCGUUCGCGGAAAAAAGGCACCAGAAUGCUGAAGAAUCCAACAGCAAGGAUGGAGAUAGAGACAGAGGUGUGGUACCAGAAAAAUGCAGCACCAAUCCAUCAGUUGUGACCUUAGAUAUGAAAGUGGGAGAUACAGAUGAUGAUCCUUGCACAGACGGUGCAAUAGCGGUGACUCAGCUAUCUAAAGAGACGAGCAGCGAUCAUCAUGGCACGUAUGAUUCCACCACCAAAAAUGAUUCCGUUACGAAGGAGAUAAUACCAGAAUCUAGUCUCCCGAGCAAAGAAGUUGAGUCUCAUAACACCCCGAAGCUUGCAGAGAAGUCUGAGGAGAGCUCACAUGUCCAAGUUGAAGACUUACAGGUAGUAUGUGAUGAGCAUUUAGAAGAGGAGAGUGAGAGGCUGUCAUUGACAGAAGUAUCAACUGGGGGGACCAAUGAAAACGUUGUCGUAGAAGCCACAGAUAAUGUGAAAGACAAGGAUAAAGACCUGAAAGAGGAGCAAAGCAGAAAUGAAGUGUCUGAUUUAAGCGAAGAAAACAGAAUAGAAGCUCCACCAGAGGUGCAAAGCAGAAAUGAAACUCUGCAUGGAGACACAACAAUUAAUGCAGAUGAUGGACAGAAGGAAAGUGUUGAGGAUUUUCCACCAAUUGUUUCCAGCUCUCACAAACAGGGAAGCAUAAAUGCAGAUCUACAAGAAACCACGGGUGACCAUAAGGAUGGAAGAAUAAGUGACAAUGUUGACAAUCACAAGGAAGUUCUUGAGAAUCUCUCAAGUGGUGAAGGCCAUUGUAAAGUGACAAACAUUUCACCUGAUACCAGUAAGGAUACUGAAAAGACAGAUCAAACAGUGAGAGAUGGCUCUGAUACUUUUGUUGAUCGACCAGUAGAAUUGGCCACAACUGAAGAGUCACAUGUGAAAGUAAUCCAAAGGAAUGCUGAAGAAUAUAACAGCACUGACAAAGAUGGUGGUAGAGAUGUGAUACCAGAGGUGUGCAGUAUUGAUUCAUCCGUUACGACCUCAGAACAAAAAGUGGGAGAUACACAUGUUAAUCCUGGUAUGGACGACACCGAGGUGGCAACUAAGCUACCUAAAGGCACAAGCAGUGAUCAUCAUGGCACAAAUGAUUCCUCCACCACAGAUAUAGUACUUACUGAGGAGAUAUUACAGGAAGCUGAUCUAGUGAGCAGAGAAACUGAGUCUCAUACACCUUGCAUCUCCGAAGGUGAAGAGCCAAAUUUCCAAGUGAAAACAACAGACAACAAAUCUGUGGAUGAGAAACCAACUGACGAGGACAUUCCAUGCAUUAUCAAAAAUGAAGUCUCUAAGGAAGGGAAAUCUAACCACAAUAAGAUUACCUCAGAACAGGAUGAAUUAGAAAAUGGAAGAAGUGUUGAAAAUAGUACAUCUGGACAAACAUGCAUUGCACUUGAGAAUUCAAAUCCCAACGAGCUACAGAGCAAGAGUGACAUAAACUCGUCACUCUCUAAAGAAGAAGAAACGGAUCUACAGAAAAGUGUCGAGCCUGUGACAACGCCAGAAGACCAUGGAGUUCCCUCAGAGAAGACUUCGAGUGAGAGCCAUGGAGAUGUGGAAUGCAAGUCUAAAACCAUGGAAGAUGCUGCUACAGAUCAUAGCGACCCAAAGCUUGCACAGAAGUCUGAGGAGAGCUCAGCUGUCCAAGUGACAAACUCACAAAUAGAUCACAAUGAACAUUUGGGAGAGGACAGAGAAGGGCUGUCAUUAAAAGAAGUGUCAACAGGGUGCACCAAUGAUAACGCCUCAGCAGCCUUGGGUGAAAUCAAAGAACCGAGUGAAGACCACAAAGAAGCUGAACUACCUGAAAACGAGCAAAGUACAAAAUGUAUUUUGGUGAAAGAAGACAUGCAGAUAGAAAAUCUUGCAGAAUCGUUGCAUGUAGCCCUUGAAAAUAAUGAAGUUUCUAAUAGAACCCAAGGAAACAACACUCAAGUUCUUCCAGAAGAAGCAACAAUUGAUGUAGAUGAGGGACAGAAGGACAGUCAUGAGAAUCUGUCAAUAACUGUUUCAACUGAGGAUACUGGAAUCUCAUUGGUUAAAAUGGAAGGUUCAGAAAAUAAAAAGGAAGAUGAUUUAGCAGAAGAAAGUGAAGAGCCACCACCUUUGCCUCUACAUUUGGGACGGGAAAUCAGUGAUGCAUCAGUGCAAGAGGCUCGAUUUGAGGAUGGAGAACCAAAUAAAGCUGAGUUUUAUAAUGAUGAGAGGGAUACAGUGAGUUUUCUGCCGAAUACAGAAGAUGUGCAUGUCAAACCUGAAGAUACCAAAGCACCUGAUUUGGUGGACAAAAGAUCAGAGGGUGGAAUAGUUGAUGCAGCAGCAGCGAGGGAAGAAACUGUAGAGAAUGUUCCAACAACUGUUCCGGAUGAAGAAAAUGAGCAUGUAUCCUCAAUAAAAGAACCAAGUGAAGCAGAAUUGUUUGAAAAAGACGAAAAUUCUGAGAGUGUUUUGUUGACAGAAGAAGUGCAGAGCGAAAUCCCAGCUGAAAAUAUAAAAACAUCUGAUUUCGAUCAACAUACAAAGGAAAAGGGUAUCCUCGAGGAGAAAAUCCCGACUGAAAAUUCACAAAGAAUACCCUGUGAUGUUGAAGAGGAAACAAGAAUUGAUGAUGCAGCUACUACCAACGAUAAAACUCAAGAAUUACAGAAUGUCUUGAAUGAGAAUAGUGACAAGGACUUGUUAUUCAAAGUGGCUGCCUCAGAAAUGACACAUGAUACAUAUUUGGAAGAGGAACCAGAAAGACCACCACUAACUGAGAUUUCAAAAAAGGAGGCCUGUGAAAACGAGUCAAUUCUGCUUGAGCCAAGCACUGUUGAAUUUCCCAAAGAUGAGACGAGUACAGACUACACUACACCAAAGAAAGAGAAUUUGCAGCCAGAGGAUCAUAAAACAUCUACUUCAAGUGGUGACAUAGAAACAUCCUGUUCACUUGAGGAGCAAAGCUUAGAAGAUAACUCCCAAACAAUUAUAAGCGACAAAAUAACCGAUGCAGGUGAAGCUGACAAGAAUGAUCUUGCACUUGAGAAUGUUGCAAAAGAAACUCCACGUAAGGACAUUGAAGAGAGUUUAGUAACCCAAGUGGAUUGCUCAGCGAGGGAACAUGAGGAACGUGUGGAAGAGGAAAAUCAAAGUUCAUCUUUGAUAGAAGCACUAGUAGAGGAAACCAAUGCUAGGGAGUCAAAAAAUACUGAUGAACCCCAAAAUAGGGGCAAAGAGUCAAUGACACCUGAAAUGGAAAAUGAGGAGAAUACAGAAAAUAUGCAUGGGAAGGAAGAAACAGACGUGGAGACAUCAAUUGACUUCUUGCAAGUCAAGCCUGAGGAUAUUACACAACAUGAUCCAAGUCCAGAUAAAAACAAAUCCAUCGAGGAAGAAAUCACAAAUGCAGAUCCGCUGGGAAUUUCAACUGACAAGGCAGAGAGAGAAUCUGUUGAUGUGGCUCACACACAUGAGGAAAAUGUUGAGACAAAGGACGUUGCAAAAGAUAAUCCUGAUAGUGACAAGAAAGAUAGCAUACCAAUAGAAGAAUUUGGCUCACAAAAUCCAAUAAACGAAGCUUCAGCAGGGAAUGCAAAUGGUGAGAAGUCAACAAAAAUUACUGAAGAAAGUUUGAUCACGGAAGAAGAACCCCUCGAGUCAUUGCAAGUAGCAGAUAAGGAUAUUGAAACACCUCCUGUUUGUCGAGACAGGGAUACAGGUUCUCUACAUGAGGAAAGCCCCACCACAAAUCCUGAAACAAUCAUGGAUGAUAACAAAGAGAAGUUGCAUUAUAAUGCAAUGGGGGAGGAAGAUGAAACUUCAAAGGAUAAGGAUAUUGUAGAAGAUAUUUCGGAUUGUGGCAAGGAUGGUAACAUGCCAACUGAAGAACUUGGCUCACAAAAUCCACUUAACGGAGCUUCGACUGGGAAUGCCAACAUCGAGGAGUCUACAGAAAUAGGUAAAGGUGGCUUGAUCAAUGAAGAAGCAUCUGUCGAGUCAUUGCAAGAGGCAGCACAGGAGAUUGAAACAGACCAUUUAAGUCGAGAGAGAGAAAUAAGUUCACCAGAUGAGCAAAGCCACAUUGUCAAUCUUGAAGGAAACAAGGAUGAUAGCAAAGAGGAGAUAGCUGCUAGUGAAACUACUUUGGAGGGUGAAACUCUCAAGGAUAAGCAGAGUAUUGCAAAUGCUACACCAUUUGAGGACAAAGAAGAAAGCAUGCAAGUCCAAGAAGAUUGCUCACAGUGGGAACAAAAUGAGAGUGAAAAUAUACCUUCUUCAGAAGCUCCAGCACUGUCCUCCAUUGAAAGUAGUCCAAUCAAAGAAGAAGAAAAAGUGGAAAUCCCCACUAAGGAGCAAAUCCUAACUGCUGAUCCACAAGAGACAGUUGAUGAAACACAGGAAAAAACUAUUGAUGCUGCUGACAAAAACAAUGAUGUUGUGAUAUGCGCUCAAAAUGGAGACAGUGACGAUAAGUCACCAGUAGAAGUGGAUGGUUUACAAGAACCUCCAUCUGAAGAAGUUCCUGCAGAAAAGAUCAAUAAUGAUGAACCAACUACUAGCCAUGAGACCAAAUUUGCAUACGAAAACACUGUAAAGGCCAACUUGAAUGAAGAUGAGGAAAAAAUAGAAUGUGCUCUGGUAAAGGAAGAUGUGCAUAUUGAGUCAUUUAAGGUAGCAGAUGAUGAUAUUAAAGGUACUAAUGACAGAGAAGCAAACCCCUUAGAAGAGCAAGCACCAACUACAGGUUCUCAAGAAAUCAUGGAUGACGAAAAAUAUGAACCACUUCCAACUGAUCUGAAGCAAGAAAUUCUUGAGGAUGGGAAAUGUGUUACCAAUCCAGAUGAGGACACUAAAGAAGAUUCACAAAAUCAAGCAGGUGACUUCAUACUGGAAAGCGAAGAACAGUCAGUAAAGGAUAGUGAAAGCACAUCAGUAUCAGAUACUCCAAAAGAUGACAUUACAGAAAGCACAUUGGUUAAGGAAGUAGAAAAGGUUGAGGAUCCUAUUGACUCCUCUCAAGUGGCAACUGAGGACAUCAAGGCAUUUGCUCCACGUCAAGAUGCAGAAAGUUCCAUUGUGGAGCAAAACCUAGAUCCAACAACUGUUGAAAACGAAACUCCUAAGGACGAGGUGCCCAAAGAGAAGGAUAGUUUUGAUGUUAAAGAAGAAACAAAGGAGGAAGAAGGUUACAUCAAGGCUGUUGAAAUGACUAAUGCCGUUGCAGUAGCAUCUAAUAAGAUGACAAGCAACGAGCAUGUAUCCGAUAGUACCAGCUUGGAAUCUGUGGUCUUGGAGAAGAUUAAUGAUCCAAUUGUUGGGGAAGCAAACAGUUUUGGUGACAAAACAGAUUUCGAGAAAAUAGAAGUGCUAAAUGAUGUUCCCACUGCAAUACCAAUAAGUGAAACUUCGGCAGAAACAGCUUCAAGAGAAUGUACAGAGACAGAGGACCAACUUCCAAAUAUAGAAAAAGAAGCAGAAGUACCUAAAAGAGAGGCAGAAAAUGACCAGAAGCAUAUAAAAGAAACACUGCCUAAUGAUGCUGUUUCUGCGGACGUCUCGGAAUCAAAGGAGGUGACUGGCGAAGAAGAAGUAUCUAGCUGUAAGGAAAUUUCAAGCAGCCCAAUCUCUAUGGCAUCGGAGGAUGCGACAACAUCCAAUGUGGCAUUAGAGGAAGAUCCGACAUCCAACUCUGUUACAGACCUUGAAACCAAAAAAGAAGAAGAAGUUCCAGCAAUCAAAGAGAAAACUCCAUCAUCUGUAGAAGGACAAGAUGCUGAGAGUACAAUUGUUGAGAAAAACUCCAACUAUGCUGGUAGCUUGACUGAGAAAAAGUCAGGCUCAACUGAAGUUGCAUUUAUGCCUGGAAAAAACAAAAGUGGAUAUCAGUCUGAUAAAAGGAACCUCGAAUCUAUUGCCCAAGGUCAAAGUUUCAACAUAAUGUCAGAAACAGAAGAGACAAAAGCAGAGGAAGAAGAUCUUAACACAGAAUCAGGAAUACAAUCUGACAAGGCUGUAAUAGAGGACAUAUUACAAGAAGAAACUAUGUGUGAGAAAGAAAUCGUGAAGAAUGGCAUUUCAAGCGAGAAGGAGCAAUUGCCAAAAAAGGGAGAACAUGAAGAUGUAAAAGAUUAUCAUCAAGGUUCUUGUGAGUUAGAGGUACCAGAAGUUUCUGAAGAAGCUGAUGACAAGGCUCCAGAAGACCAACAAGAAAAGACAUUUACAAAUAAAGCAAUUGAUAGAAUUCUCCACCAGGAAGAGCAAGCAACAAGCAUUGAGGAGCCCACAACUAAAAUAGACGAUGAAAAUGUCCGUGAGUUAGACAUAGGCGUGAACACAGACACUCAAGAUUCAAAUAAAGAGACUGUCCAAAUAGCAAUAAUCCCUGGGAAAGAAAGUGAGGAACAGAACAAGGAAGAUGAAAUAUACAGCUCAGAUAAACUGCAGGAAGUAGAUGAGGAAACUUUGAUACUUUCAGAAGGGAAAAGUAAGGAGGAAGCAAAAGAAACUUAUAAAGAAGCCUAUCUUGAGGCUGAGAAGUUUAAUUCAUCACCUAAAAUCAAAGAUAUAUCGAAAUAUGCAGUUAGAGAUGUUGGUCCGGACACCCCGGAAGACAAUGAAAAAUCCACAACAGGAUUUUUUUCUGAAGAGGAUUAUCCUAAAAACAUCACAAAAUGCGAAGUAUCCUCUGCUAGUGAAGAUGUUGCACUAACAGAACAACCCUCAGAGGAUGCAUCUAUCACUGCUGAACUGCAAGAAGCAAAAAAGAUAGGAGAAUGUAGAGAAGGAACCCCACUGGAAACCGAAGACCAACUGGUCAAAGAUAUUGCACUAACAGAACAACCCUCAGAGGAUGCAUGCAUCACUGCUGAAGUGCAAGAAGCAAAAGCUGGGAUUGAUUUGGGAGCUGCUGUUCCAGUCCCAGGAGCAACUGGAUCAGAAAGUGAAGAGGUGGAAAAUUUGAAUGAUAAAUGCACAGAGAUGGCCGACACCUCCACACCAGUUGAAACUUUGGUGAAUUCUACAUUAAAAAACAUAGGAGAAAGUACAGAAGGAACCCCUUUGGAGGCCGAAGACCAACAGACCAAACUUCAUGAGUUGCCAGAAGAAUCAAUUAUGAGCAUUACUGAAGUGAAAAUGGCAGAAAAAGAUGAUGCAGAGAAUAUUCAAAGUGUCAGGAGUAUAAGCGAGGAUGUCCAGGACCAGGAAUUAUUUAAGGAAUCCUAUGGAGUAUCAAGCAAUCAUAAUCCAGUGGAAGGAGAUCCAGAAGAAAGAACAGAGGCUAGUGAAGGCCAGAAAACUAACCCAAUUCAAGCUACACCGGUCUUAGAGACGCUAAAGGAAGAAAGAGAAGAACAGAAACUGGGAAGGGAUAAUGUGGACGUCCAUGAAGAGGAGAAAAAUACAUACAGUAUCCCCAGUCAGUUGGAAAGUCUCAAUGGUUCAGACAUCAUAACUUCAGAAAAUGAGCCAGCAAAUGUUGGAGGAUUGGGUAGCACUGGUGUAACAGAAUUGGAUGCAUCUCCUCUUUCCUUGAAAGAUAGGCAUGUUGUCCUAGAAGCAGGUGAUACCAGGAAUUUGAUUCCUGAUAAUCUAGAUGGUGACAAGAAUAUAUCUACAGAACAUUUCCAAGGUGAACAUGAAGUGGUGAAACCUUCUAUAGUUGAACAAGAAGAAGAUGAAUGCGGAAAUAGGGAAAGAAAGGACCAGCAAAUGGAAAGGAAAACUGAAUCAGAAGAGACUGACAAGGCUUCCUUGUCAGAUCAGCUUCAUGUAUCUACUAGAGGAACCUCUGAGAUGGCAGAUCAUUCUCCCACAGAAAAAGAGCCAACCGGGCAUGCUGAAGACAUGCCUGCUCAAAACAUUGAUGAGGCUCAGCACGAAAACAUGAAAACAGAUGAGGAGAAAGAUGGUGAAGAGGAAUCACAUGAACAGAAAAAAUCUGACUUGGGUUCUGAAGCACCCGUCAUGGUUGAUAUUGGAGAUGCAGACAUAAAAGUAGCUCAUAAGAAAUCUCACAACAUACUUUCAGGUGUUGGAUCUAAAGUGAAGCAUUCAAUUGCCAAGGUGAAGAAAGCCAUUACUGGCAAAUCGCCGUCUCCAAAAAAGGCGACAACUCCAGAAAGUAAAUAAACUCAUUUCGGGUUUAAAUAUAGUUUGAAGUUUUCUGAUUUAAACUAUAGCUCUAAUUUUUUUACACUUUUUCACCUUUUUGGCUUGCUGUCAAGUGUUUGCAAAAAAAUUUGCAUUUAUUUUCUAUUUUUCGGCUUGGCUGUGUAUAUGGCUUGCAUAUCUACACAUGUUCUGUAAGUUUGAAGAUUGUUGUGGAACUUCAUAUGAAGUUUGUAAUGCUAAUAAAGUUUUUUCUUGUACCAAA